AUGGAUAUGCUGUCUAGAAAUAUUCUCAGCUGGUUAGUACUGCCACUGACCCUAGCUACUGUUACCAGGAGUGAGCACUAUCACAUUGUGCCAGUGGAUUCAACUGACUUGUGUAAUGGGUAUCGAAAUGGAACCUGUUUCGCUCUCGAGCAGCUUGUUCAAACAGACCUGUUAUCUGAUGGAGACAAUCUCACCUUGAGCUUUCUACCUGGAGAUCAUGUGCUAACUGAGCAGUUACUGAUUUGUAACUUCUCACAUGUGCAAAUCACUGGCCAGAAUACAAGUACAACUGUAAUUGGAUUUCAUAGCAAUGGUGCGAUACGUUUUGUUAGUAUUACUGAAUUGAGCAUUGAAGACUUGGGUUUCGUUGGAGGGAAUAUUGGACGACAAAACUUUGAUCAAAGUUUGAUCAUCAUUGACAGUGCCCAUGAUAUCUAUAUCAAAGACUGCUACUUUUCGGACUUUAAAUUACUCAAUCAGGUGGAAACCUGUGUUGUUAAGAUUGCUAAUACUCAAACUGCAACAAUUGAGAACACUCUCUUUAUGAACAACACCGGUCGGGCACUGCACAUUGAGGUUGAUGAUGUGUACAUAACAAAUAGCGAGUUCACUAGAAAUGAUGGAGGUGCAGUUGACAUUGAUUUAAACAACACACUGAUCAACAACACAAAGUUCAACUAUAACAGUGCUAGGAACGGAGGAGCAUUAAAAGUGGUAUCUGGUACUGUAGUAAUCACUUGGUGUAACUUUACAAAUAACAAAGUUUCUCAGUAUGGUGGAGCCAUCACUGCUGUUUCAAGCAGUGUAAUCAUCUCCGACAGUGAGCUGACAAACAACAGUGCCGACAGCGGCGGCGGAGCGAUCAGUGUUUACUCAGGCAGUGUAUCCAUCUCCGGCUGUAUGCUGACAAACAACAGUGCAACUACCAAUAGUGGUGGAGCGAUUAAUGUUGUCUCAGGCAAUGUGUCCAUCUUCAACAGUGAGCUGACAAACAACAGUGCUAACUAUUAUGGUGGAGUGAUUUAUAUUGUUUACUCAGGCAGUGUAUUUAUCUCCGACAGUACGCUGACAAACAAUGUUGCUAAUGAGGGUGGAGCGAUUAGUGUUGACUCAGGUAAUUUGUCCAUCUCCAACAGUGAGCUGACAAACAACAGAGCUGACUAUGGUGGAGCGAUCAGUGUUUACUCAGGUACUGUUUCCAUCUCCGACAGUGAGCUUAAAAACAACGUUGCUAAUGAAGGUGGGGUAAUUGAUGUCUUCCAAUCUUCCACCUUGAUCAUCAACAACACUAACAUUACUAACAACAUACGCAGUUUGAACAUUUCGCAAUCAAAUGUAACAUUCACUGGAAUUAAUAUUGUCAGCAACAAUGGUCCCAUUUAUGCUUUCAAUAGUCGAAUCGAGUUUAUUGGACCUACGACACUCAGUAACAAUCGUGGUAUGCUGGGAGGAGCCAUCAGCAUUGUCCAGAGUGAAGUAUACGUUAACACAGAAGGAGUUAUCAUCAACAACAACACGGCUACCUUUGGAGGAGGAAUAUUUCUGAGAGAGAGUACACUCUUUGUAAAUAAGCCAAUAAAGAUAUAUCAAAACACAGCACAGAAUGGUGGAGGGAUUUAUGCAUAUUCUAGCAGAGUUGAAUUCCAAUCAGUGCAGAUGGUAGAUGCAUAUGGUGAUCCACUUCCUCCAAAUAAACUGAGUGAGAUUGCUCACAACAUUGCUGAGAAUGGUGGGGGUAUACAUGCAGUAUCUUCAACUAUUAAAUUUACUCAUUCACAUUGA